AUGUCUUAUCUUCAUUUGGCAUCCAAUGCCAAUACAUCGUCGUCAUCAACUCCAUCAUCUUUUUUCAAUGUAAACAGUAAUGGUGGAGUUUCGACAGUACCAACAUCAUUGUCUACAAAUUCAUCAUCCCUACUCGGAUCUAUCGGUGGUGGAAAACAAUGGACGACUAUUGGGCAACCAUCAUCAUCGUCGCCUUCGUCAAGUUUAUCACAACAAUUAUUGAUGAAACAACCAAAUUUUCUGAAUAUGCAAUCAACAACAUCAUCACAUUUUGAUAAUAUUCUUGGAUCAUCUUCUCAGACACAACUUGAGAAAAAUUUUGAAUUGCAACAAGAAGAUUUUCCUCCAUUACCACAUCGUAAUAAUUUUCAUGAAUCAUCAUCAUCUUCGUCGAUUAAUGUUCAGCCAAUUCAUCCAAAUCCAAUUUCAUCAUCCAGUCAUCAAACAAUAACAAAUGGAUUUAAUUCAAGUCAACAAUCACAACCACAGCAUUCACAAUCUCAAUCGCCUGUUUCAUUCAAAUCUUCGAUUGAUGCAUUAAGUACAUUGAUAAGUCGAUAUCAAGUAUCUACUAAUAAUACUAAUAAACCAUCAUCAACAAUAACAGAUCAAUAUGGUCUUGUCGGUCUUUUACAAAUGAUUCAACAAGCAGAGAAAAAUCCUGAUUCGUCAAUGUUACUCAAUUUUGAUUUAACAACACUGGGGCUUAGUAUGGAAAGUACAAGUGAUUUACAUCCUUCAUUUAUUUCUCCAUUUUCUGAUAAUCAAGCUCGAGCAUAUGAAAUCGAUUAUCAAGUUCCAGUUGAAUAUCAAAUGGGCAUGCAAAUACGUGAAAAACUGCCUCAAGUGAAUUUUUCAACGUUAAACGAAGAUACUCUAUUUUUUUUAUUCUAUUUAUUUGGCAAUGAUUAUGUGCAAUUAUCAGCUGCAAAUGAAUUAUAUAAACGUGAUUGGCGUUAUCAUAAAGAAGAACGUAUAUGGUUAACAAGAAUAAAAAAUAUCAUGCCGGAUCAAAAAUAUGAUACGUACGAAACAGGUGUCUAUUGUGUAUUUGAUGUUCAACUUUGGCGUAAAACACAUAAAAGUAUGCGAAUCGAUUAUGAUAAAUUAGAUGGUCCUGUGGUGAAACAACAUCCAGAUGUACUUGCAUCGAAAUUACUUCAACAGCAAUAUGCGCCUAUGACAUCGUAUAAUACAAAUACAUCUAGAUAG